AGGCGCCCCCCGCCAUGGGCUGCAGAGCCUGGGCAAGGUGCCCACCCGGCGCAUGCCCCCCCCCGCGCACCUGCCGAGCCUGAAGGCCGAGAACAAAGGGAACGACCCCAACGUGGCCCUGGUGCCCCGCGACGGCUCGGGAUGGGCCAGCCGCAGCGACCCCCCCGACCCCCGCAGUUCCGAGCCCUCCGCCCCUCCCCCGCCGCAGUCGCCGUCACCGCCGGAUUCGCAGCCGCCUGCGAGCGGCACCGGGGGGACGCGGACCCCGGGGACCCCCGAGAACCCCCCGCCCCCGCCAAGCGCGGCAAAGUCCUGGGCGCAGGCCAGCGGUACCCCCGCCGAUGGUGCCAGGGCCCCCCCCCUCCCGGGCCGGUUCUCGCGGGAGGAGUUCCCCAGUUUGGGGGCGGCCGCCGAGCGGGGGAGGGGCGGCCGCGAGCGGGGGGGCGCUGCCGACGCGUCGGGUGGGCGCGCACCGAGCCCCCGCCCCCACGGCGGCAGCUGGCGGGAGGGGCGGGGGGCUGAGGAGCCGCCGGCCGAGGGGGGGGGAGCCCCCCCCGGGCCCCCCCAGUUCCCCCCGUACCGGGGGGUGAUGCCGCCCUUCAUGUACCCCCCGUACCUGCCCUUCCCCCCGCCCUACGGGCCCUUCCGCGGCGCGCACGAGGAGGUCGAUUACAGCGAGAAGCUCAAGUUCAGCGACGAGGAGGACGGGCGGGACGAGGACGAGGAUGACGAGGG